AUGAUGAAAAAUUUGAAUGGUUACCAAGCCGCUUUUGUUGGUGACUACAGGAUGCUAGCACGAGCGAUCGAUAAUGGUCAGCAUCCUGACGAUAUAGAUGAAAACGGUGUUACUGCUAUGCAUUAUGCAGCAUGCAAUGGAAAUCUUGACUGCUUAAAAUUACUUGUAGAGCAUGGAGGAGAUGUAAAUAAAGGUGAUAUGAGCUGUUGUACACCAUUACAUUUAGCAGCUAAAAAUGGUCAUCUUGUAUGUGUUGAAUUUUUAUGCCGGAAUGGUGCCAAUGUACAAGCAAAAUCAGCGAAGGGAAACACUCCGAAGCGGAUGGCAAAAUUAAAUUUUCACAAUCACGUAGCGAAUUAUGUCGGACGCUUAGAGCAAGAGAAGCAUAUGUGGGAAAUAUAA